AUGGCUUUGAAGGACACUUUCUAUGUAUCUCAUGGAUCUCCCACCCUAACCAUCGACGAUACCAUAAAAGCAAGACAAUUCUUCCAAAGUUGGAAGGAGAAGAUUUUCCCUCAAAGACCUAAAGCCAUUCUCUGCAUUUCUGCCCACUACGACACCUCCUAUCCUACCAUAAAUGUGGUUUCGGGUCCCAAUGACACCAUCUACGAUUUCUAUGGCUUCCCUUCGAAAAUGUACAAGUUAAAAUAUCCAGCCCCGGGGGGUGCAACACUGGCAAAGAGGGUGAAGGAAGCUCUGAUAGGGGCUGGGUUUGAGCGCGUGGACGAGGAGAAGGGGCGAGGGCUGGAUCACGGAGCAUGGGUGCCUUUGAUGUUUAUGUAUCCAGAGGCAGACAUCCUGGUUUGCCAACUCUCAGUACAAACACGCCAAAAUGGGAUACACCAUUACAAUAUGGGGAAGGCAUUGGCACCUCUUAAGGAUGAAGGAGUUCUUAUUUUUGGGUCAGGAAGUGCCACGCACAACCUUAGAACACUCGACUUUGACGCCAGAGGCUCUGCCAACGCUUCGUGGGCUAUCGACUUUGAUAAAUGGCUUCAACAAGCUCUCCUUCAAGGAAGAUAUGAAGAUGUGAAUGAAUAUGAAAAGAAGGCUCCACAAGCAAAAAUGACCCAUCCAAAUCCAGAUCAUUUUUUCCCACUCCAUGUUGCAAUUGGAGCUGCCGGAGGCCAACCAAAAGCAAAGUUAAUCCACCAUAGUUGGGACCUUGGCACCAUGUCCUACGCUUCCUACCAGUUCACUGCCUCUUAA